AGUUUUCCCCUAAGAUCAUGGAGUAUUUCACGACAAACCACACUUUAAAUUGCAAACACAUUCCCAUAACCAUAAUCAAAAGCUCAAGUUACAGCAACAUCAACCUAAACUCAAUAAUUCAUCACCAUGGCCAACACAAUCCUGAAGCUCACAGCAUUUCUCGUUCUGCUCAUUUUUUCAACCCUGCAUGAUUCUCAUUUUGCUUCUGCAACUGACGUACAAGAUCAAAAUCAUAACGAAGAGGAGGACGAAGACUAUGUUCUUGAUACCCCAAUAACCCAUUCGGGACCAAGAAGCAGAUUUUUGGUUUCUGUAAUAAAGAAAGGAAGACAGUGUAAUGCUGAGAGCAAUAACAUCUGCAAUGGGGUUCGAGCGAACAAGGGGAGGGACCUACUUUACUGCUGCAAGACGCAUUGUCGCAAUGUUCUUCGUGACAAGAACAACUGCAAGGUGUGUGGGAACAAGUGCAAGCAGGGAGAAAGAUGCUGCAAUGGAGUUUGUACCAAUGUUUUGUCCAAUGCUAAUCACUGUGGCAAGUGCGACAAGAAGUGUUCAUCUGGUGAUUCAUGUGGGAAUGGUGUUUGUGGGUAUGCUUGAAAGGAAGUUAUUGGAAAAGGUUAGGGAUCUUGUGAUCCAUCAUAUACUAUAUAGCAGUUUGAGAUAUAAAAAGAUUAAGAGAUGCUAACUACACUUUGUUAUUGGUUAAAACCAUGAAGAACUCACCAAAGUUUGUGACUUUUGAUUGUUUCGAUCAAUGACGAAAGUGUGUUAGGGAGUGUCUUUCUAGCAUAUGAAAUCCCAUUGUGGUUUUGUUUUUUCUUAAUCACAUUUUUAGCACGUUAAUAAGUAUGAAAUUGGACUGAAUUUUGAUUUAGUUUUGUAUUAAAGUGUAAACAUUUUAAUUUUGUUAA